AUGGGCGACAAUCUCGAGGAGCGUCUAAAGAGCCAUGCUCGUGCCUUCGAGGGACUCAUGUCUCUGAUACCCGCCAAAGACUACUAUGGCAAGGAUGAGAGCAUCACCAGCACGCAAUGGCAAAAGAAAGGCAAGAAGCAGACUCUUGAAGAACGACAAGCAGCCAAGCGAGCGAAGCUGGAUCCUGCCUCCCAUAAGAGCGCCAAAGACGUCAUGGACGAGAACGCGCUAAAACGGAAGCGUGAAUUGGAGGGUGAGGAGGUUUCCGAGCCCGAGUCGUCCGACCUUGACAUGGACAUCACAAAGGAGAAGCCUCUUGAGGGCAUCAAGAGCAAGGCAAAGAAGCAAAAGACACAGCCUGCUGAGCCAGAAGCCGAAGAGACCGAAGAAGUCACUCUGUCCAAGGCCGAGGCCAAGCACGCGGCGAAAGCAGAGAAGCGGAGAGAAAAGAGGAAGGAGAAGCAGGCCAAGAACAAGCAAAAGCUGGAAGCGAAGAAAGCGCUACCAACGCAGUUCCAAGGUCUCGCCGCCGAAAAGCCUGAAAAGGACGAUGACGAGGAUGAAGACGAAGACGAAGAAGACGACGCGUCUGCAGACGAACUCGAACAUCCAGACGAACGCAUAGAGGCCUUGGACGUCUCCGGUCUCGUCGAAGAGGGUCAGUCUACUGCUCCCUCCACUACUGCCAAUUCCAACUCCUCCACAGCCUCCGUCGCCUCCGCCGCUUCGUCAAAUUCUUCACUACCCCAGUCCGGUGAAGAAGCGCCACAGAAGAAGGCUAAGAAGCCAUACACGAUCGAUCCGCAAAAACAUGAGGAUUUCCGCGCUCGGUUGAACGCGAAACUAGAGGCAAUGCGCGCGGCGCGAAAGGCCGACGGCCCAGAUGGACGCCCUGCACGCAACCGAGCAGAGUUGAUCGAGGCGCGCAGGAAGAAGGAAGCCGAAAAGAAGGCCGCGAAGAAGGCCAUGCGUCAGGAUGCGAAAGAGGAUGAGGCACGACAGCAAGCAGAGGAGCAGCUCGCACGUAUAAGAGGCGGUUCGGGCUCACCUUCUGUAUUCCCGGCGAGGUCGCCGGAGACUGAGCGCAACUUCAACUUCGGCAAGAUUGCAUGGGACGGCCAGCAGCUCGAGAGCAAUCUCUCUGGAUUCCUCGACUCCAAGAAGAAGAAGGGCAAGUCAGAUGCGAAGACAGCACUAGAGGCUGCGCAAAAGAAACAGGCUCGCAUUAACGCCUUCGACGAGGACAAGCGCAAGGAUAUUCAAGAGAAGGAUCUAUGGCUAGCGGCCAAGAAGAGAGCACAGGGCGAGAAGGUGUUCGACGACGUCAACCUUCUGAAGAAGAGCUUGAAGCGUCAACAAAAACAAAAGGACAAGAGCAAGCAAGAGUGGAAGGAGAGGCUCACGAACGUCGACCAAGGAAAGGCCGCGAGGCAGAAGAAGAGGGAGGAGAACCUCAAGAAGCGCAAGGACGACAAGGGUCAAAAGGGCAAAAAGAAGGUCAAGAAGCCUGGCAAGAAGGUCAAGCGACCGGGCUUUGAGGGAACAUUCAAGGCGAGAUGA